AUGAGGGCACUGGCUGGACCGUGGGCUAAUAUAUGUGCAGGCAAGUCUUCCAAUGAGAUCAGGACAUGCGACGGCCAUGGCUGUGGCCAAUAUGCUGCUCAAAGAAAUCAUAUGCUUCACCAGGGUGUGGAUGUCCUGUGCUCUGAUGGAGCUACUGUUUAUGCACCUUUCACCGGAAGGAUUGUGGGCCAAGAGAAACCUUACACAAAUAAAAAUGCUAUCAAUAAUGGUGUUCGGAUAUCUGGAGGAGGUUUCUGUAUUAAAAUGUUCUACAUUAGGCCAAUUAAAUAUAAAGGUUCUAUCAAAAAGGGAGAAAAACUGGGAAUGCUACUACCCUUGCAGAAAGUUCAUCCUGGCAUACAAUCCCACAUACAUAUUGAAAACUGUGAUUUGAGUGAUCCUACUAGGUACCUAUAAGUGGAAGAUGAAUGAUCA